CUUGCCUCUCUUUGCCAUCUUCUCUCUCUCUCUCUCUCUCUCUCACCACCAGAAACCAGCCAUAUUUCUGCUCAAACCUCACAACACUCACACACGCCCAAAAACCGCCCAUCAUGGACAUCCGACUCCUCACCACCGCCGACCUGCCGCUCAUCCAGCACGCCAACCUGGAGAACCUGCCGGAAAACUACUUCCUCAAGUACUACCUCUACCACGCGCUGUCGUGGCCGCAGCUCAGCUUCGUGGCGGUGGACGUCUCGCGCCCGCGCAAGGGGCCCUACGACUACCCCAAGAUUGUGGGCUACGUGCUGGCCAAGAUGGAGGAGGAGCCGACGGAUGGCGUGCAGCACGGGCACAUUACGAGCUUGAGUGUGAUGCGGACGCAUCGACGGCUGGGAAUUGCCGAGAAGCUCAUGAGACAAAGCCAGCUCGCCAUGGUGGAAACCUUCCAAGCAAAAUACGUCUCCCUCCACGUGCGCGUCUCCAACGUCGCCGCCAGACACCUCUACGAAGACACGCUCAAGUUCCGCAACGAAAAGACCGAGAGCAAGUACUACGCCGACGGCGAGGACGCCUACAGCAUGCGGCUCGACCUUGACGACGUGGCCGAGCUGGCGAAGCGCUAUGCUGGCGGCGGCGGCGAAGAUGAGGACAAGGACGAGGACAAGGACGGCGAGAAGAAGAGCAAGAAGACGACGACGAAUGGCGCCCCUGCCGCUGGAGCUACGGCUGACUUGGCGAUACGGAGCGAGGGCGUGGAUGAGGGCGAGGCGGUGGGCGAGGUUGGGAGAGAUCCGGAGGCGAAUGAUAAGGAGAAGAAGGUCAAGGUUGCGGUGGGGAGGGGAUUGGGAGUUGGGGAUUUGGUAGAGAAGGAUGAGAGCAAGCAUUAAAAAUGGCCAUUCUUCCUUUUUUUUCUUUUCUUCUUCUGUUUUCAAGUUGGGCUGUUUGUGUGUAUAAAAGUUGGGGAUUUAUGUUUAGAUGUUUCGACUUUACUUGUGGUUAUUUCCAUACCUCUCUUGUACUAUUUUUUCUGUUGGCAAGGAGGAGAUUGUCUCUUUUUUUUUUUUUUUUUU